CCUGUGCCUCGAGUAGGAAUUUGAUAAGCCUCAUCAACUGCUCGCAGAAGUGUCUCCUGCUCGUCACGAUCAUUUUCAUUGCGAGGAAAAAUAAUGUGCGUUACAACAUCACCUGGAGCUGCAUCAUGUUUCCUCUUCGACUCCGCUCCUCGUGGCUAAAGGUGCAGCCUCGUCCAGGGCUUGUCAUUCUCACUCAGGCACGCUCCACGACAAGAAGAUGACCACCAGCUUCGAUAAAGCCACUGCGACAACGCCAACAUCCAUGGUAACGAUCCACGCGUGUUCUUAGCGUUUAUUAAAUAAACGGUAAGAGCAACCGAUAGCACCCUCACACGCACCGUCUCAUCUGGAUCUGCGUCGUACUUGAAAAGAAGGUAGCCACAGCACUGAAAGCAGGACCAAGCAGCGCUAAGCGCACGACGGACUUUUCUGCAAGCCAGGAGCAGAAAGCCGGGCUAAAAAAUGGCGGACGGAGCUGGAAAUAAGAUGGCGGCCACCGGCAUGUCCGACGCCACUUUAACCGCCUACGGCAUUCUCAAACGUUACAUGCUCAAUUGCUACAUGAAUUUGUCAUGCAAAAACACCAUCAUCAUCCUCACGACCAAGCUCCUGCUCCGCAUGACAAAUUCCCGAUGGGCCAAACCGCACCUAAAUCUGUGCGGAAUUUGUAAUGUUACAGGUGCAACCUUCCCUCUUUCACUUUUCUCAUUCUUGCAUUACAAAUUCAUGUAACAGUUGAGAGUGUAACAAUUGAGAGUCCCAUACUGCCUCCGCCACGGGGACCAGCUCGUCGCAUGGCCUCACGGGCGCGGAACUCCCGUCGAAGGCGAAUAUGGUGGCGGAUGCAAAUCUCGGACUGACUAUGCAAUACAAAUUUUUACCCCGCCCGUGCAAGACAUACAAACUGCAUCACAAAUUCUGCCACGACUCCAAAGCAAUGAAACUUGUAACGCUGUUGAACAAUCUUGGGGAGAAUUUUGUCAUGCAAAGACAGCAUCUGUAAUUGUAUGUCGUGUACAACUUGCGGUAGAGUUUCUAUGAAUAUUGACCGACAAGGAAAUCAACGCGAAGAAGAUGGAGAAGGAAAAGUUCUAUCAAAUGCAAAUAUGUCUUGGUCUGGAAACUUGUAGUGCUGAGUCGUGAUCAGUGAAUUCUCUGUAAUGCACAGCCAAGCAUGAGAAAUAUGUCUAUGUGCGCUGCUUAGUGCUGCGCUUACGCUUUCCGCAUGGCCAGCUGCGUUUUGCAUUACAAGCAAAAGGGUUUCUUCUUGGACACGCAUCACAAACUCUUCAGUCAUGCCAGACAAGCAUGACAAGCCUUGCAUCCUACUUACUUCCAGACCAAGACACAUUUGCAAUGCAUAAGUUCCUGAAAGACGCCAUGUUUAUCGACGAAAGGGGGAUGAUAUCCACUGCAAAUGUGUCUUGGUCUGGAAGAGUGCAACUUUGUCAUGCUUGGUCGAUAAUGCAGAAAAGUAUGUCAUGCUUGCUGCGCUAAAGCGCUUCUAUAUGUUUGCAAUGCAAAAAGCCGAUUUGUCAUGCGGUUAACGCUAGACAUAGCCGCUCAGAAACAGGUCAUGCGCGGCCCGGCAAUACAGUUUGCGUAUCAUUCGGGCAUUAGCAUGACAACUUUCCAGACCGAGGAGCCAUGUUUGCAAUGCAUAGAUGACGGUGUUACCGGACGCGCGCGAAAUCCUGCGGCAACGGCACUUCACGCUCGAGGGCUUCACGUUGGAAGAGCAAGUAGAUGAAAUUCGGCGGAUCCGGAGAAGAGGCAAGAACGAGAUUCAGCGGUCCCAGAACUUUAUCCAUUGCAAUAAAGCUACUAUCGGGCUAGUGGUAAUCGUAAUUGCAUUUACAAAUUAGCUCAGCAACAUGUCGACACAUGGAAUCUAUUUCUCAUGCUGAUUUAGCGUUAGCCUGAGGAAAAAGAGAUUUAUCAUUAUCUCUUGUAUGAUUGCGAUUAGUAAAAAGUACAACGAGUCCAGCACCUCCACCAAUAGUACCACAACUUUUGCACCGCAUAAGCUUGAACCUCGCGUUCCGGCGGAAUGUCGAAGAAGUGGGAAUCUUGUAUAACCUGCUUAGGUGUUGCAAUCCCAAGAAUAGAAACUGGAAUUUGCCUUGUAUGAGCAGCAUGACUAACAUAAAAAUCCUUGCGCUCCUUUUCGCAACACAGAUUUCGCCAGAUUUCAGUGCGAGUUUGGGGCUCCGAAACUUGUCACGCGCAAUCCUAUGCGAGUUGGCUAGAUGAUGCACUUUUUGCAUCACAGGUUUCCAUUUCCAUUGUAACAGUUGAGAUUGUAACGUCUGAGCGGGUCAUAUCUUGCGGCAUGCGGCAGUGAAGUUUGGCGUGCUUCCCGCCGAUAUCAAAUGCAAAAAUGUCUGGGUCUGGAAACUUGUGAUGCUGGGUGGCGUCUCAUGAUGAGGCCAGAAAUGCUGGCUCAGCAUGACAAGUUUCUGAGCUUCUAGGUGUUGCCUAUUCUGCAUGACAAACCGCGUUCCUGCAUCACAGAAAAGUGGAGCUCUUGGGUAACGUGCAUGACAGGUUUAAGAGUCAUGCCAGACAAGCAUGACAAACAUGCAUUCUUUCAGACCCAGACAUUUUUGCAUUUGAUAGCCGAUUUCGAACGUGAGCUGGAGCUGUCGCAAAUGGCGAAGGGGGGGAUGUUUGAAAUGCAGGACCCGAAGGCGCUGGCUACCAGUGCGCUCAACGUGGAUGUUAUCACGAGAAAAAAGUGCUACAGUUACACAUUUGUUGGAGUUUCUGCAUCACAGAUUUUCUCUGUGCGACAGAGAAAACUUGUAUUGCGAAGAUCAUAAGGGAAAACAGGAAGUAAACGAGGCUCCUAGGCAUUUCCUGCAUGAGAAAGGUUGUGUGUGUUGCCGGUCUUGCAUAGACUAUGUGUGUAACUGUAACACUUUUUUCUUGCGAUAGAUGCGCCGGAAUGGAUCAAGGCGUUGCUGGAGUUGUCGGGUUUAACCGGCAUCCGGGAUUACAUCCGAGAGGAUCGGAUUAUGCAAUACAAAUCUCCUGUACAUGUGCAAAAUGCAUCACAAAUGUCACCAAGUUGGAGCAUGCCACUUCCUUGUGUGUCAUGCUGAACGGAAUUGAAAGAAAGUUUUGUCAUGCAGAAACCGCAUGUGUACAUGUACAGGAAAUUUACUGUGGAUACGGAUGCGACGGAAAGAAUCCGAUUACGUCCACCAAUUUCCCGACGUAUUCCGAUUAGUUUCCUCCCUCGACUUCGAACUUGGCGGAUCGUUGCUGAUUCUGGUGAACUAUGCAUUGCAAAAGCAUAAGCAUGAUCGCACGAAGUCGAAGUAGAAUCCGCAUUACAAAUUUUUUCAGAAGAAAAAACGGAGUAGUUUAUUCCAAUGCUGAAUUAGGUAUGGAGCUAGACCUGGCAGGCUGUUGUACUGCGAUUAGAAGUUUACUUUUAGUACGAGUGCGAUACUACUUGUGCAAGGCAUAUGAGCGCGGGGUUCUUAUCCUGGCAGAUCUCCCAAUUCGAUCGGUACGCGAACGCAGACAUGUUUGACGCGCUGGAAUAUCGUAAGGAAAAAUCCUCCCUCCCCAUAUCGAGACGGGAUUUCUGAUGAUGGAUUUGUGUACACAAAUGCGCUUUGUAUUGCAGAAAGGCACUGCGGCCAGAUCCCCAGCCUAGGUCGGGGCGUUUGGGUCUAGUCGCUCAGCAUUGCUGCAAACGGCUGCCCUCUAGGCCCAACAGCAUGACAAAUCGCUGCUAUAAUGGGGCGGGAGCUUCUGCCAUUGUCUUCUUGCAAGACAAAUGCGAUUUGUGGCCACAAACCAGCAACGCAAAUUUCCGGAAAUAUACCUUUUCGAUAUGGGGAGGGGGAAUUUUCCCUCUCAAUAUGGAAAAGUUCUUCACGCUUCUAUUUUUCGGGGAGUGGACACUGCGAAUUGUUGCCUACGGCUUCACCUCGAUCUUCGAACCGUUUAACGGAUUUGAUACCUUUUUGGUCGUCGGGUGCGGGUUUUUGCCGCAGUUUAUGCAACGAAAAAACUGUUUCACUGUGAACUUGUGAUGGAGAAAAUGGAACACAGAACUAUUUGUCUUGCUACACGAGCAAGGCGUUGGAUUGGCAAGCGUGUUUUCCCGUGGGAAGCGCGCAUGGCAGAUUUUCAGUGUCAUGUGUAACAAACUUGUGAUGCAGGUCUUGCAAAAUCAUCACAGUGAAACACUUUUUUCGUACGAUACAGUUUGUCCUGCCACUACUUGGAGUGGAACUGGACCCCAGUGGGAUGCGGACUUUCACAGGUAUGGUUUUGGUAUAGAAGUACUUGAAGAAUCAAAUUCAAAGUCAAACUUCUUGUGCUGGCUGGCUGGCUGUAGGUGGUGGUCGGCGGUGGCCUCUUAUCAUGUGCUUUGUAGCUACGGGCAGCUCGGGCACCAUGAAGAUGAAAGCAUCGUCAUUUUUGUACGUGGUAGUGGCUGUGAGUUCGUGUUCGCACUUGAUUCAAAGAAAAACAAUUUUACAAAAGUGCAACGACAUCAGCCCUCCGUACCAUCCGCGUGAUCCGCGUGGCGAAAGCGGUCCGGAUGCGCCCGGAGUUCAAGGAAAUGUGGGAGUUGGUGAACGGUUUUGCGAGCUCGAUUCUGGUCACCUCCUGGACGCUGAUCAUCCUGAUCAUCUUCGUCUACUGUUUCGGCGUGUUGGCGGUGAAGCUCCUCCAGCAGGAAGGCUUCGAGCAGCCCCACCACGACGGUAUCCUCUGCAAAAGUACUAUCGUGGUCCUAGUAGUCGUACUAUGCAGUUUAUGCAUGACAACCCUGCUAUUGUAAAUUUGAAUUAGCAUGGCAAAUUCAAAUUCAAAAAAAAAAAAAAUUAGCAUGACAAAUUCGGAAUUCCACUUUUCUUUUAGCUCAAAUCUGUAUUGCAAUUCCCCCUAAGGACGAUACUUUUGCAAUGCAUAGACGUGGACUACAAACAAGUACUAUACGGAGACGUCAUGGACGGCAUGCUGUCCAUGUUUCAGGUCGUCACCUUAGACGUAUGACCGUGCACAACUACACCCCCUCCCCCUCAUGAUUUGUGUUGCAUAAACACGCAAUAGAAGGGCCGGCAAGAGUGCAGCUUUUGCAUGACAAAUUCUCUUCAUCGGAUUGUAGUAGUGUUUGGGCUGCCACCAGAAAUAUCUUCGAUGCCACCAUUCCCAAGGGGCAAAUAAGAGUGGACUUGGUUUUUUGCAUGACAAAUCAGGGAGACGAGGGGGAGUUGUGCACUUUCAUAAGACGCGUUUUCUGACGGGAUCGUGCGGAAGUUGACGUUUCAAGAACUGGCGAAACGGUUUUUGCCCGAGGGGGGGAAUGUGUUUCUCUACGAGUACGAUCUCCGCGGGUACUAUCCACAGUAAAUUUCCUGUACAUGUACAAAUGCGAUUUCUCUUUCUGCAUGACAGAGCUUUCUUUUAAGUACUUCUAAUAUUCAGCAGGAAAGUGGCAGCUCCAGGUUGAUGACUUUUGUGAUGCAUUUUGUACAUGUACAGGAAAUUUGUAUUGCAUAGGCACACGUCUUCGCUGGACUUCACCACGACCACCACCACCACAAUGGCGCCGGUGAUUUUACCACCGAACGUCACAAGUACCACUUUGUCCCCGACACAAAUCCAAGCGGCAAUUUUAGAGGGCACCAUGACGGCGAGUCCACCUGCAGGGGGUGGUGGUGCAGGAAACAUGUACGGCAUCGACAUGACAAACAUGCUCUCCAUCGACGGGGAGCUAUUAGUUCGGUUGCGGCCACUAUCGCAAGAAAAAAGUGUUACAGUUACACAUUGUGUUGCAGGUGGUGAAGCAAGACAGACAAGCUCUGUCAUGCCGGAUAUGCAUAGGAGCCUCGUUCCAUAGGUGUUUUCCCUUAGGAUUUCUGCAUUACAAGUUUUCUCUCUCAUGCAGAGAACUUUGUGUUGCUGAAUUGAUUACAAACUUGGAACUGUAGCACUUUUUUCGUGGGAUAGCCAAACGGCGGCGACUCCGAUUGGCAGAUCUUCUACAUGUAUGCAUUGCAAAUAUGUUUGGGUCUGGAAACUUGUGAUGCGGGCUGGACAAUGUUGAGGACGUCUCAAUUGGUGGCCACGCAUGACAAAUUUUUGAGCUGCUAGGUGUUGCCUGUUCUGCAUGGAAAACUGCAUUUCUGCAUCACAGAAAACUGGGAUGUUUGGCUAACGUGCAUGACAGACUUGAGAGUCAUGCUGGCCGAGCAUGACAAAGAACUUUUACUUUGCAUUCUUCCAGACCCAGACAUAUUUGCAGUGCAUAGCUUGCGGUUGUUUUUCGCCCUGUUUGUCGUGAUCGCAAACAUGGUCGUGUUGAACACCAUUAUGGCGAUAUGCAAGAAAAAAACUGUGUAAGUGUAAAUUUGUGUUGCAGAACAUGCAACAGAGUUGCGCCUGUCAUGCCAGACAGCCAUGAAGUCCUCUUUUCACGUGUGUUUCCCCUUACAAGUCACGCAUAACAGGUUUUCUCUGUCAUUUGUUAUGCUGUUUCUCAAAGAAAGUUACACUUACACACUUUUUUUCUUGGAUAGGCGAUGGUGGUGCAGAAGACAUUUCAAUAUCCACAGCAAUUUUCCCGUACGGUACACUAGUACAAGUGCGGUCUGUGCAUGGCAAAACUUGGCUUCGAUCCUAGUUUAGCAUGUGACAAGUUUUAGUACACUCCAAAGCGAGGAUGAAAGUUGUGAUGCACCUUGUACAUGUGCGGGAAAUUUGUAUUGCAUAUUCAACUGUCCAAACAGGAUGAGGAGGUGAUGGCCCGGCAGAUGCAGGAACAGAAGGAAAGGGAACUGAUGAUUUUGACGGAGAUGUUUUUGUAUGAACUGCAAAAGUAUCGUACUCGUAUAAAUGCAUUACAAAUUUUCUCAGCAUGAGAAAUAAAAUUUCUAAUGCUGAUUUGCCUUCACAAAGAAUAAGAAAUUUGUAAUGCAAGACCAGCAUUUAUACGAGUACGAUAGUUUUGCACAGGAUAUUUUGGACAUCGACGUCGACAGGUCCGGCGAUUUGACGAUAUGAUCCAGGAAAAAACUACACCCAUGAGCCCCACCCGAUUUGUCAUGCAAAACAUGCAAAAAGUGCUGUGUUUGUCAUGCAGAAAAUGGAUGGGGAAGGGGAUGGGUCUUUAGUUUUUCCUGGAUAGACGAGGCGGGAGUUCUACGCCGCGUUGGACUACUAUGGAAGCGUCAGGAUUGAAAUCGUCAAAGUUGAAAUAAUUUCUCAUGCAUAAAUUGCAAGGCAUGAAGUGCCUCUCUUGCAGGGGCGGCAAGUGAGGCCGACUGUCAGCCUGUUUGGGGUCUGCGGUAGAGCUGCUAAUGUAGCAUGACAAAACGCGCCUUCUGUCCCUAAACAGCAAGACAAACUGGAUUUGGGCGGCGCCGAAAUUUGUCAUGCACCGCUUGGAAAUUGGGCUUCCAUUUCCAACUGGUAUCGAUUUUAUACAUUACAAGUUAUUUCAACUUUGUCGAUUUCAAACCUGACGCUUCCAUAACUACAACGAGUACAUUAGAGACAGAUUGUAUCCACGAAAAGAGACCCAUCCCCAACAUCCAAUUCAUCAUGCAAAUCAUGCAUAAAAUCCGGUGUUUGUCAUGCAGAAAAUGCUGGAUGGGGACGGAUGGGCUUUUUCUCCUGGAUAGAUUGUCUGAUUUAGACAUGGCGCCGGAGUUAUCAAACGCAAAAAUGUCUGGGUCUGGAAGAGUCGGGGACUGUCAUGCACAUUCUGCAUCACCCGUGAGGUCUGUGAUGCUGGUGCUAGCAUCACAGAUUUUUUGAGAGCUUCUUGAUGCUAAUUACGCAUGAGAAAUGCCCUCUCCUCGUGCCAAGAACUGACUCCUCUGGCUGCUCAGGCAACACAGAUACUUUUAGAAUUCACAGAGAGCAUUGCAAAUUGCAUUCUUCCAGACCCAGACACUUUUGCAGUUGAUAGGAGUAUCUGAAAGAAACCUGGGGAAUUCUGGAUGACGGCGACGGGAAAUUGACCGUCUUCGAGUUCUAUGCAUUGCAAAAGUAUCGUACUCGUAUGAAUGCAUUACAAAUUCCCUCAGCAUGAGAAAGAAAAUUUGUAAUGCGGAUUUACCUUAAGAACAAGAUUUGUAAUGCAUGUAAGAGGAGGAAGAAGGUGCCUCCCCGAUAACCGAGCCGGAUACAGAACAAAAGAAAGAGGCUAAAAGACGACAGGAGGAGGAAGAAGAAAAAAAAGGAAGGAAGCAGAAGAAGCAAGCAAGUGGAUUAGUAUAAUAAUCGGGCUUGAUGCGUCGAAUUUCUACAAUAAUCUAACGCUUGCUACGGCGCUAAGGGCUUAUAGGCGGAGCGGGGUGCACCCGUGCUAUCUGAAAUUGGUCGCAGCGAUGAACUGGAAUAAGGAAGUUUGGUUACGCAACGGGGAUACGUACGCGAAAGCAAAAAACCGCCACGACUUAACUCAGGGCUCAGUAGAGUGCAUGUUAGCAGGCACGUUGGUUUUCAUGCCAGGAGUGGAGGCGGUGCGAGAAUACGUAGAGGGGGUAUUUGAUGAAGGAGGAAGAGUAAAGGGAGAAAAAGAACUAAAGCAAGCGAAGACGAGUUUAAGGGAAAAAAUUCAGGACAGUUUUGGGAUGACUAAAGAGGACGGGGCGGAUACGUCAUUUCCGCCGUACGUAAUAGAAGGCGAGACGGACGAGAUAUAUCAGAGGAACAAACCAGCCAGAACAGGGAGGAGAAAGAAAAGAGUACUGAAAAGGAAUAGAAGGAAUAAGAAAAAACGUGAAUGGAUAGGGGAGCUGAACGAGGUGGAAAGAGAAAAGAAACACCCGCAGACGCUAGCAGUGCAGUUCGUAGAUGAUGGCACGUUGGCACUCACAUACCAUGAAGAAGACCACGAAAAAGUAUUAAAAAUAUUGGAAGAGAUAGCAAUAGCGUGCGAAGUGAUGUAUACUCGCGAAGGGCAAUUCUUGGCACCUCAGAAGUGCGAACUUACAUCAUCAGACAAAGAAGAGCGAAGAAGGAAAGAGGUGCAGCAAGCAUUUAGGCCGUUCGGAAUAAGAUUCAGCGAGAAGAAGACGAUAAAGAUACUUGGAGCGACAAUAACAACGCUAGGGACGGAGCAGCGGAGAAGACUAAUAAAAGGACAAGUAAGGCAAAGCAUAGGCAUAGGGCAGCACUUAUCGCUACAGGUGAUGAAGGCAAGGCGGAAGAUCAGCGGCGAAGAAUUAAAAUGGGUCACACAAGUAUUCUUUACGUCGGCGAUGAUCUACUUCCUCCCUGUAGUGCAGAUGUUCUUCACGGACAAAGAUUGGGCAGAGCUGAUGGGAGAGCUGGCAGUGGUCAUAGCGGAAGCAAUGGGAUUUACAGAGAAAACGACGCGGAAGCUAAUGGAGAUCACGGGCACAACGCCGGAGACGCUUUGCCGGGUAGUUUACUCGUGUAAUAUACUGGCCGCAGUAGACCCAUUCUAUCUUGAUGGGCAUCAAGACACUGCGAUCACUGGCGCAGAAGAACAUGCUAACGGAUAUCGGUCUAUUUAUGAAAUGGGCGACGUUACCGGUGCGAAUAUUGGGAGAAGGAGAACAGGGCAUAACAAAAGGAAUCAGGGAGAUGAUGGAGAAGAGAAACAGAGCGGAUGUCGCAUUGCUUGAAGCCAUGAAAAAGGGGACAAGUAUAAGAAUGCCAGCGGCGUCAGACCUAAGAGCGACAGGGAUAGCACAGGAUAACUCUAGAACGUUCGAGAAAAUCUGGCCAAAGGAUGAAGAAGUGACGAAAGUAAUUGCAGCGGAGGAGCUAGGGCUGACGAUAGUGACACGCGGGAAAAUAGUAUGGGGACCAUUAGGAACUACGAAGCAAAGAACCUCGUGGAUGUGAAGAGUAUACAAAUCAAAACAGAGCAGAAGCGUCUUGAAAUCGAAGAAAGAGAGCAGGAGCAAAGAUUCCUCGCGUACGUAAGUAAUACGCUGAGCAUAUUGGAGGAUCUGCAAAAAGAAGAAGCGGAGGGGAUAGUGGUGAAGCUGGUGGACUACGACGCUCUGAGAAAUGCCACGGCUGGGCAACUGCGAGCGGAGAACGGGAUAUGCCUAGAGCUGACGGAGAAGAUAGAAGAACUACACCAACAAAUAGAGGAAAGGCUAGAAAAGAGCUGCGGAAUAGAGAAGAAGGAAGCUCAGAGACGCUUACGAUUUCAGGGCCACCGAGGCACGGCGGGAAUAUGUAUCGAUAAGGGAAGUCUCGAGGUGAAGGAAGAAGAGAGGAAGGUGGAAGAAGGCGUAGACAUAGUAACCUGUAAGACUCUCAAGGCCGUUGAUGUGUCGGAAAUGGAUAAAAAAUCGCUUAUAUGGCCGAUAUAUGACUUCGGAGAAGGAGUGCUAGAGUUGCCGGACGUAGAAGCUUCGCCAGAGAUGACAAAGACUGACCGGCAAGAUUUUAUAACAGGAGCCCUAUGCCCGGAAGAGCUUACAAAAAUAGACGAACCCGAAGACAUGGGAGCGAGUAGCGACAUCAGAGGAAUACUCAAAGAGUGGAAAGAUGAGCAGGAAAGUGAAGAGGUGGCGCAUCUAGUGGAGCGAAUGAAAGUAAAGAAGGCAGGCGAUGACGUCAUGGAUAAACUACGGGAGAAUGCCGAGCGAAUGAUAAGGGAGAAAGAAGAGAGCGAGCAAGACAGAAGGGACGCGAGGGAAAACAGUGGCGCAGAGGGGACGACAGAGGGGGAACAGUGGCGCAGUCGCUAUCGCUCUCGAUAAUAGAAAGAAAGGAAGGCGGCUACUACCAGAGGAGCUCCGGAGCUACAUCUGGGAAAAAGAGGGGACAGGUGCAGAAAAUCAAGCAGACGAGGAGGAAGGGAGAGACAUAGGUAAUGCGGCAAUGCAAAGCAACCAAAAUACAGCGGAAGGGUCGAAGGAGAAAAGAACAGAGCAGAGGCUGACCGUAGGGGAAAGCGAUCCAGCAAAACAGCAGAGACCCGCACUGAAUGAAAUUAAAGGGGGAAAAGGAGAGAAGGAGGCCGCCCAGAGGAUAAAUGAAAAGCAAAAGGGGCGGCGCGAUAAAGAGGCACAAGGUGGCAGAUUCUCAGCAGUGCAGCCAAAAGCAAGGGCGUCGCUAGAAAGCAAGGGCAUAAGCAUGGGGAUAACGCGGAGUAGCACCGGCAAAGAGGUAAGAAGUACGGGAGGAAAUGACAAGCCGACGGCUCAACGGAAGCCAAAGAAGCAAGAGGAAAUAAGAAAAAAGGAAAGCAAGACGGAAAGAGGGCCGGCCGAAGAAGCACGCGCAGAAGUGGACCCGCUGACAUCGCGAGCACCGUACUCCUUAGAGUUUUCGAACGGAGGGCAUCGAAGAUACUCAAAAGAGGCAGAGGCGACUCAAGGCCGCGGAGCAAGUAGCUCUACAGGACAAAGAGGAAGAGAGAGGAACAGUGAAAAUGCAAGGAGGAGGAACAGCCCGGAGGGGGGAGAAAAGGGAUCAAAGAAAGAGAGGCGGAGGAUGGUGGCACAAUAGCAAGAAAAAGGCAAAAGAGUAAAGAGCAAGAAAAUAGUAAACAAAAAACGGCGGGAGAGGGGGAAACGCUGGCGCAGACAAUGCAGCGGAUUAUUCGGAGAUCGCUGCAAGACAGCACAGGAGGGGGAGCGGGGGGACGACUUCAGGCGACGCAAGAUCCCUAUGAUUGAAGUGACAUAGUGACGGACCGAAAAUCGGACACCAGGCCGAGCGACUGAAAAGUCUGAGAAAUGUUCGCAGGAUUUCCACCCUAACGCAAAAAGUUUCGGAGAAUCCACAUAGCGCAAAAACAAAAUCCAAAAAAAAGCCAAAAAAAAUUUUUUGAAUUUUUUUGCUUCCCCGACGGUCUGGCCUAUGUGAGGCAUUUCCCGAGUCUGUUCUCGCCCCUGUUUGUCAGAGGAGGGCCGGGCGCAGGUGUCGCAUACUUGCCCGCUUGGGUGGUCCACAUCUCUUGGCCUCCACUGCUGGCGAUGAGAACCCAGAGUGGCAAAUCCGUGUGGGGUUGCGCCUUCUUCUGUCGGGGAGCAGAGGCGCCCUUGUGGCGCAUUGCCGCCGUAGAAGAUUUCUCUUUGGGUUUGGCAAGGAAAAAUCGCAGAAAAAAUUUGAAAAAAAUCCGGGAAAAAUCAAGAGGCGCGCAAAAAAAAUUUGAAAAAAAUUCUAGAAAGUGGCCAAUUUGCAAAAACCAAUGGGAUUUUGCUAAUGUGGCCGAUUUUCCGAAAUUUUUUUUGGCCAUUUUUCGCACCUCUUGAAAUUUUAUCCGGCCAAAUUCAAAUUUUUUUUGGGCAAAUCGAAAUUUUUUUAAAAUUUUUCUUGGCCACACGCAAAGGAAAUUCUGCACUUCAAUUCGAACGCAUCCGAGCGCCCGCGUUGUCGAGCAGCCACGUCCAUCAUGCCUGCGCGCCGCCUCCCGCGCGCUCCUGAGGCAUACCGAGCCCGUGUGGCGUGGCGCCUUUGUGUUUUGCUUCAUCCCAUUGCGAAGCACCGAAGGCAGCGACCCAAAUCCCGCCAGCCUUCUUGUGCAGCCUGCAGGACGGGCCCCAACCCGCCCCCGGCCCAAGAGCCACCCCGCUACCCUUCUCGGAAAUUUUAAAAAAUUUCAGGAAAAAAGUGGAUUUUUCGGCCCAAAAGCGUUAGGGGCAAAAUCCGGCAAAGAAAUGCACUCCAGAGAUUUUUGAAAAACGCACAGCAUCGAAAUCAUAGAAAAAAAAACGAAAACACUAUCGCCCGUUUGAGAAAAAAAAAAAAAAAGAGGCCCGGCAGGCUCGAGGACUGCCGGAAAAUAUGACCCGGCGCGUUCGCCUUAAGAUCCUGCCCUCAUACUUCUAAGAUCGUUUCAGCGCAGUCAGAUUAAGGAUCUCCAGGGGAUCCCUUAAGUUGCCAAUGAACGCGACAGGGCCAAGAUCACCCCGAGAAGCUUCAGGCGAAUCGCGGGGCGCGUUUCAAAAUGUCCAAACUUUGAAACAGGCGGCGACGAUAGGCCAAGAAGAUCGACCGCACUCAGAGAAACAAGAGCGGCGCGGAUCCAAAAAAAAAAAAAAAAACGAAGGUAACAGAGCAAAACGCUGCGCAGAGGUCGAGGAGCUGAGAAGAGAAGCCGCGAAGAUUUCACACCAUGCGCCGAAGUAAAGCCGCUGGCGUCGCGGGUUAAAUUGGCAGGCGAGUGAAAUUGAGGACGGAGUUUUCAGCGAGAUAAAUGGGGAGGCGAGUUAAAUUAGCAGGAGGAUGCAGGCGAGUGAAAUUGAGAAAGGGGAAAGGAGGAGAAAAGGGAGGCCAUUACUAUACAGGAGGCCAUCAGCUAGCGAAUAAUUAAACAGCCUCGCCGAAAUUAUAGGGCUUUUUCUUUUAUAGUAGAUCAAGGACGGCGAGCGCUCUUUUUAAAACCCCCCCGCCGUCCCAUAUUUGCAUGCGCGGGGAGUCUAAGUAACAUGGCUUGCCAGAGUCAUUGACGAACCGGGAAGAUGGGAGGUGGGGAUUACCGUUUUCAGACAGGCCAGCCGCCGCGAGUGACUACCACCUCUGUUAUUGAGGGAGCGCGUGUCCUCCUCGACUGAGUUGCGUGCGCGGCCCAUCCGUGUUCCGCGUAAAACUCUACAGGAGAGUGCGCGCCGCGUCGAAAGGCUCCCUUCCGUAUGGAGCGCCCCGAACUCGUUUUAGCGCACCUUUAUGAUGGCCUCACUGUUCUGAGAUGUUAGAUCAGUUACAGUUUGCAAAACCCAGUCUGUUUAUGCUAGCAGAUGGCUAGUGCGCUGUGAACCCCCAGGACCAGGCUGACUUAGUCCCGACCGAAGUGGUAGGCGCUAGGAUGAACUAUGUAUGUAGCGCCUAGGGCCCUUCCGUACGGCCAAUAUGUAUGUCCCGUAACGGGGAUCGCCUAUGUCGGUCAUUUAUAUGCAAGGCGACGGGUCACCCGGUCGGCAGAGCCGAUCCAUACGAACGGACGAACGAUGUUUGCAAUUACUACGAACGAGUGCGAUACUUUUGCACAGAAUAAGUUCACCAGCGGAAUUCGGUCUUUGAAAGGUGACGCGUAGGCAUUGCAAAUAUGUCUGGGUCUAGAAACUUGUAAUGCUGAGUUGUGAAUUAGUGAUUGCACUGUAAUGCACAGCCAAGCAUGUUGAGAAAUAGAAAUACUUGCUGGGGGGCUUAGUGUUGCGCUUUAUGCAUGACAAACUGCGUUCUUUUUGCAUGACAUGCAAAUAAAGGGUGUCUUCUUGGACACGCAUCACAGACAUUUCAGUCAUGCCAGACAAGCACGACAAACACAAACCUUGGUUGCAUCCUUCCAGACCCAGACACAUUUGCAGUGCAUAACGCGAGAACAAAGGACGUAAUGGACGCGCAGAAGAGGCUGGAAGCCUGCAAGAGCUUCGUGGACGAGGUAAGUAUGAGUGAGAAGUUUUUGAUAUAUGCAUGAUUGAUAGAUGUUGUCACCUUGCAUGACAAAUAUGGUGUUAGUUUUAUUGAUGCCGUGAUGUUCAACUUCAACAUUGUGUAGCGCAUGGCAAACUCCUCAAACCCCAACUUUAUCAAGGUCCUGGAGCCCAAGGUGAUCAAACUAGACCGCAUUUUCCACAUUCUGGCCAACGAUAUGCGAGAAAUCCGGGACGAUGUGGAGCUCGUCUCGCUCUCCACCGCAAACCUCGCGAAGAUGGUCCGGUCGUUCUACGAAGCAGCCCGUGUCCGGGCGGCGGAGCGGAAAGUGUACGAAGAGAAAGCAGAACGGGAAAAGAAAUUACGGGAAUUGGAGGACAGAAAAGCUGCGGAGGUGAAGGCCAAGGCGAGUGCGAAUGUCAUGAAGGAAAAGGCGGAGCAUCUAGACGGGUUCGAUCCGAGAAGGAAGAAAGGGUAA